AUGACAGACGAAGAAUGUAGUCCCAAGUUUCCUGGUGUCCCACGACACACGUACUGCAAGCUAGGUGUAGAAGAUCUUCGUCGAAGCAUCAGUGGCUUCUCUCACUCAUUAGACUGGUUUGAGGAAAAGCAAAUGCUCAACGAUAGUCUUGAUCUCAAAAAUCACAAUGCAGGUUAUGUGGAUAUGAGUCCUCAAAGAAGGAAAUCAGCUCCGGAGGGCUACUAA